AUGCUCCGACCACUUCUCUUAAUAUUUAUCAUUCCAGCAACUUACUGUGCACCUUACUAUUCCUAUGGCAACUACAUUCCACCUGCCUACCCACCACCAUACUAUUCUGAUCCGGUUGGUUCCUAUUACUAUUCUGAUCCGAUGCGCCCUGCAUUGAGUGUCCCGAAAACGAAAGAAUUUCUCGAUGAGAAUCCACGAGAAGCGUUCGCUCGGCGAGUGAAACGGCAGUACUACUAUGGAGGUUACCCCUAUGGCUAUUCCAAUCCUGUCGGUACCGGAUCACCAUGGGCUAAUGGUGGUGGCCUGGUUGGUAACGUUAUAUCUUUUCUUGUCGGAUAA